AUGGACGACGGCAAAAUAAUAUUAAUUGGUAAUGAGGGUGAUAUUUUGCACUGUGGGUAUAGUCACACUCUAAGCGAUGGCGGUAAAAGAUAUCCGUCGGCUGACCAUUAUGCUCAUGCAAUGAUUCUCACACAGCUUGGUUUAGAUGAAGCACUUAUUUUAGAGCUUUUAUGCACUUCGAGUGCUGAUGUUCCAGUUAAGGCUCGUCAACUGUUACAAGAAAAUAUGCCAGCAGGACAUGAUAUGAAUUCUCUGGCCAAUUAUUUGCAAACAAGUCGUCAAUCGUAUACAAUGCAAGGACUGAGGAUACGAGUGGAGCAAGAUGCAGCUUUCGAAAAAGCUUUGAUGGAUACGAAGGACGCAUUGUUGAUUGUUUGUGAUGCACGUGACAGUGAACUUGGAAUUGGUAUGGAUGAGGAUACCUUUGUUGAUUGGAUGGGGAAGGAGAAAGUUGAUGCUGCGAUGUUGGGACAUUGGAUGCGGAAUGAAAGGGGUCGACCACCACAGCUGGGACAUAAUCAGCUGGGAUAUUUCCUUAUGUGGUUAAGAUAUGAGGUAUCUGAAAAAAAACGGGCCUCUUUACUUAGCACGCAGUCCAUCGAAGUGGAUGGUAUUUCAACUGACCAAAAUGGUGACACAGUAAAAACAACUACGUCUGAUUUGGUCCUUUCACUUCAAGGCAUUUUCCGACCUCUGAGUAAUUAUUACGCACUACCUUUUGAUAUGAAAGGGGAAAAGUACAGAUCAGUGGAACACUAUGCUUACCAAAGGCUUUUUGACGCUCUUCGCCUCGACGAUAAAUGUAUUGAAAAAAUCCGAACUACUGUACAUCCAGCAGAUGUUUCGCUUGUUGCCAGAAGAGUUUUCAAACAACAAAAGCUUAGUGAUGGAGCAGUGGAUUCAAAGAUGGGUCGUCUAGAUCGAUGGCGUCAAUCUGCUAUGAAACAUAAGAUGACGAAGAAUGAGGCUCUACAACAGUUACUGCUUUCCACUGGGCAUGCAUUAUUGAUUGAUACUACAGAAAGUAAUAAAUCAUGGGCAUCUACAGCAGACGAAUUCGAACUACAACAUUUAUUGACGAAACGAUACAUUCUUCCGAGCACAAUCAUCGAUUGGAUGACUGAACGAACAAAACCUCCAUCAGCUCUUUCCCAUAUCAGAGGAAAUAAGACAGGACUUUUAUUGAUGGAGCUGCGUUCUAAAUUUGCCGCCUUGUCGUUGACACAAAAUCGUAUUCCAUUGGUGUCACCGCUAGCAACAGCAAUGGAAUUACGGACUUUAUUGUCAGCCCACAUGAUUUGUUUCACAGCGGAAAGUGUUUUUCAUUUUUUAUAUCCAGCACAGAUUCGUUUACCGAAUUCAGCCGAAACAUUACCUUCACCAGCUCAUUACAUAGCUAAGCAAGCUAUAAGGUAUUUCAACAUCUGUACAGAAGAGGCUGCUUAUAUAAAUGAAAGUAUGCACAGUACAGAAUGUUGGUAUAGGAUGAACACUACAAUUGAAUUAAGUAACUCAACACUUGACAAAGUUCAGGGAUGGUAUAUGGAUGAGCGUCAGCGUGCAAUAAAAGUUGCAUUGAUGAUGAUGUUUGAACAGCAUCCCCCACUCAUGAGAGCAUUAUUAGAUACGGGAGAUGCGCUGUUGGUUUACUGCUCAAGGUAUUCAUCGCUUGAAGCUGAGCUUACUGUUGGUAUGAGAGAACGAGAUUUACGAGCGUGGUUAGCACAAAUUGAUAUCGAUACUAGACAGCUUUUUGACUCAACAGUUCGUCCAUUGGCAUUUCGACCACCAUACCUUGGUGGAAAUCGAUUAGGAUUAAUCUUGAUGGAAAUAAGGCGAGAAUUUAUGUUACGAGGAGUUUUUCCGCAGCAACUUCCCGAACUACAGAUUGGUGUUGAAGCGGUUCUUGGAUCUGAAUCACCGGCUGAAAAUUAUGUAUCGAUCUAUCCGUUUGAUGUAUUAAACUCUGACAAUUUUUCGGCGCUUUGGACAAAUCCAUUUUUGUUACUUGCAAAACAGAACAAGGAUGGCGAACUUUGGACACAAGCAAAUUCAGUUAAAUUGGCACCAAAACUGAUAUCAAUCAAUGAAACGACACUUUCUGCUAUAGUUGAUGAGUUGGACAUUAUGGAGAAAGUUACGGAAGAAGAUCUGGAAAACUACUGCAUUGAAGAUCUGCGUGCUGUUUUUGUCCGCUUAGCACUCCGAAUGCGAAAUCGCUUAGUCGAAACUGAGGCGCAGCAAAGCGAAAUGAAUCUUCUAGCAAGAGAAAUUACUGCAAUGCAAAAUAUGAGGCGAGCACUAGAAGAAAGGAAAGCACAGUUAGAAGGAGGACCUACUCAGGAACGGAGAGAAAAACGAGAACUCCUUGCGCCUUUAGCUCGGACUGAACUACCAAUGCCUUUGAUGCGUGGCUAUUCUCCACCCCGGAAAUGGGAUGAGAAACGUAAGCCGAUACAACGACGAUACUCACCUCCUGAGGAAAAGAUUCCACGACGGCGUAGUCCUACUCGGUUAAAGUCACCCACUUCACAUAUAUCUCGAAAAUCAUCACCCUCUUCAAAAUCACCACUGAAACAACAAAAAGCGACAAAACCACCCGUUGAUGAAAGCGAGUUAUCCGACGGAGAAAUCUUGAGCGAUUAA